CAAAAGAAAAGAACAAGGAAAGAUAUUUGAUAAUUUACCUUUGGAUUUGAAUUUUCUUUCCCCGUAGUUAUGCAGAUGCAGUGACUUAUGAUACAGUGUCAGAUAAAGAGUACUUUGUUAUGCCUCAUGAAGAAUGUAUGGAGUUCAAUUCCUUCUUGGAUAUUAUCGAAGGCAAGAAGAUGUCUAAGAACGCCAACUACAUUUCGUUGCAGAAUGGCAGUCUGACUAGAGAAUAUAGUGCUAUAGAAGAAGAUGUAGAUAAAGAUAUUUCAUGGUGUUCAGAAGCCUUGAAUAAGAUGCCUGAUGCAGUAAAUUUUUGGUUUGGCGAUGAAAAAAGUAUAACAUCUUUACAUAAGGACCCCUAUGAGAAUUGUUAUGCUGUUGUCCGUGGUACCAAAACAUUUAUCCUAUAUCCACCAACCGAGUACUACUGUAUGCAUGAAAACGUAUAUCAAAAUGCUAUUUACGAGCCAAACCCGAAAACAGAUAAACUUGAACUGAAGGUUUUAGAAUCAACGACACCUUGGAUCCCUGUCAAUCCACUUUAUCCAGACUUUGUUCGUUUUCCUCGAUUUGCUCACGCUUGUCCCAUCACAGUAACAAUUGAGGAAGGUGAUAUGCUUUAUUUGCCAGCUUUAUGGUUUCACCAAGUCAUGCAAAAAGGUGAUGAGGGCGUUAUCGCCAUUAAUUACUGGUAUGAUAUGGACUACACAAACAUGCUUCAUCCAACCAUGGCUAUGUAUAGAAGAUUAUUAACGGGGGUGAUGGAAAAUAAUCGAGAACUGCUUGAAGAUGAUGCUGUCGCCGAAGAAGAUGAUUAAUGAUGCUCUUAGUAAUUAACAAUAAAGAUAUAAACAUAAUGAAAU